AUGUUUGAGGUGAAUGAGAACUACACGCGUGUGUCAGAGUUUGUGAUCGUGGGCUUCCCAGGGCUUCAUCCAUCCUUCUACCAGCUGGUGGCCUGGUUCUUCUUCUUCAUCUAUGUGACCACGGUGGUGGGGAACUUCCUGCUGGUGGUGCUGUUUGCCCUGGAGCGCAGCCUGCAGAAACCCAUGUACAUCAUCAUGCUCAGCCUGGCUCUGUCAGAUAUAGGUUUUGCCACAGUGGCCCUUCCCAAAGUGAUAGCUCGGUGGUGGUGGGAUGACGGGACGAUCUCCUUUCAUACCUGUCUGUUCCAGGAACAAAUGAUCCACUACUUUGGAACGCUCAACUCUCUCAUCAUGAUGACCAUGGCUAUGGACCGGUACCUAGCUAUCUGCUACCCUCUCAGAUACCCUAUGUUGAUGACCAACCAGACUAUGAGUGGUCUAACGGUCUUCUCCUGGAUGUCAGCCACAGUCUCACCUGCCAUCGGCACCAUAGACUUCACCAGGAAAGUAGCGUUCUGUGGUCCCAACCGAAUCCUCCAUGCUUACUGUGAUGCUGUGUCCCUGACUAAACUGUCGUGCUCCAACAUGGCGGCGAUCCAGGCCAGCUCCAUUGGCCUUGCUUAUUUCGUCCUCUUCGUCCCGUUCUCCUUCAUCAUCUUCUCCUACGUCAACAUCAUCGUCACUGUGAUGCGCAUGGCCAACGCACAGGGCAGGCUGAAGACCUUCUCUACCUGUGCUACUCAGGGCUGUAUCAUCCUUAUUUACUACAUCCCCCGCUUCGUAGUCUACUCUACCCCCUACAUCCCCAACCUGACCAUGACCUCUGACCUCCGCAUCGGCCUCACCCUUUUCUACAGCCUGUUCCCCCCGGUCGCCAACCCGUUCAUCUACUGCUUCAGGACCAAGGAGAUCAGAGCCAUCCUGGGGCGCUGGAGACAGGGCUGGAGGAAUAGCAGGACAGAACAGAGUAAACUCAACACCGUGGCUGUUAUCACUAGAUGAAUGGUUAGGUUAUAACAUUUAAAUUCAGGAUUAUAACAUGUUAACUCAGGGCUAUAACAUGUUUUAACACACUAAACCCAACACUGUCUGUUAUCACUAGAUGACACUCGCACACAUUUGGUUCUGUAACAGUGUAAAAUAUCUGUUUCCUCUUAAAAAGUAUGACUUGUAUAGGCUAGAGAGUCAUCUUAUCGCUCUGGCUUUGUUAGAUACUACUAUUCUCAAAGAAUAUAACGGAGAUGAAACUAGACAUUCAAAUAGCAUCUUUAUAAAUCUCAUUACAAAAAGCCCUCUGCUUGUGUUGUCUGAUUGACUCUCAACCAGUAUUGAUACUGUCUAAUAAACAGGGGAGGCUACCCUCUAUAAAACUCAUCACAAAAAGUCCUCUGCUGGUCUUUUAUUUAUUCUCAACCAGUCAUACCAUGUUCUAGCCAGAAGGUGGCGCCAGAUACUGAUGCAUGUAUUACCUGCCAGUGUGAAUCCAGUGAAUGCUGCUGGUGAAGAUAGAGAACAUUAGCUUGAGUGCAGUGCUGCCAGCUACCAACAGCAUUACAGUGUGGGUAGGCCUAAAGUCUGACUGGGAUUCAGCGGGAUGGCCUAUUUAAAAGGUAAUGUCCGACAUAUGCGGCAUUUAUCGUGAAUGUGGUCCACGCAAACUCGGGAACAUAGCUUUUAAAAGGUGCGCUGUGGUUGAAUCCCGGCCUGAGUAUACACCACUGGAACAUGAAAGUGGUUCAGAUGGCCUCAUACAGUCAAUUCAAGUCAAAUUGAUUAAUCACCUCAGGGGCAAUCAGAAAGGGUAUGUGAGGUUACAAAUAUCAGUCAACAGCCUGUGUUCACUGCUUUGGAUAAAAACACAAUGAUUACAUUAUUAUUAUCAUCAUCACAAUGGAGGUUUGUUCACAGGAGGAGUGUCACUAGCUGACCUUUAAAAAAAUGCUACAGUGUUGAAACCCCCACACACACACACAGAAAGACACACACACACACACACACACACACAUACCGUGAGGCUGAAAUUUACUGUCAGUAAUCGCAUUGUCACAGCAAUCUAUUUCAGCACCUCCAUAAAUAAAUACAAUGUGAUGAUAACAUCAGGGACCACACACCCAGUCACCUUAUGCCAACUUCUCGACAGGAUUAGUGACGCUUAAAUGAAAUCACAGCAGCAAUAGUGAAACAACUGGUUACAAACAACAAGACCACUCUCACCGUGUGAGGUACGUUAUGACAGAGAGGACAACAGACUACUAACAGUGUGAGGUACGUUAUGACAGAGAGGACAACAGACUACUAACAGUGUGAGGUACGUUAUGACAGAGAGGACAACAGACUACUAACAGUGUGAGGUACGUUAUGACAGAGAGGACAACAGACUACUAACGGUGUGAGGUACGUUAUGACAGAGAGGACAACAGACUACUAACAGUGUGAGGUACGUUAUGACAGAGAGGACAACAGACUACUAACAGUGUGAGGUACGUUAUGACAGAGAGGACAACAGACUGCUAACAGUGUGAGGUACGUUAUGACAGAGAGGACAACAGACUACUAACGGUGUGAGGUACGUUAUGACAGAGAGGACAACAGACUACUAACAGUGUGAGGUACGUUAUGACAGAGAGGACAACAGACUACUAACGGUGUGAGGUACGUUAUGACAGAGAGGACAACAGACUACUAACGGUGUGAGGUACGUUAUGACAGAGAGGACAACAGACUACUAACGGUGUGAGGUACGUUAUGACAGAGAGGACAACAGACUACUAACGGUGUGAGGUACGUUAUGACAGAGAGGACAACAGACUACAAACGGUGUGAGGUACGUUAUGACAGAGAGGACAACAGACUACUAACGGUGUGAGGUACGUUAUGACAGAGAGGACAACAGACUACUAACAGUGUGAGGUACGUUAUGACAGAGAGGACAACAGACUACUAACAGUGUGAGGUACGUUAUGACAGGGAGGACAGACUAUUGCAGACUCGAUCCACUCUCUCCAAAAUACUUGCACCCUUUUCCCUAUCUAGUGCACUACUUUUGACCACAGCCCUGGUCAAA